CCGGUCUUCUUAUAUAGGAAGUGUUUCUCAGCCGUCAGUUCCAUACCAAAGCGAAAAUACCAUUUUAAGGGGCAGGAUUUCGCCAGAAGAAGAGAGAGUGUGUAAGCCAUGGCUGGACCUGUCAGUCUGGAGUUGGAUCCCAUCUUCCUAAAGGGACUGAGUUACCUGCACUCCAAGAGUAAAGACUCAGCUGAUAAACUCAAAGCUUUACUAGAUGAGUCCCUCGCAAGAGGAAGUGACUCAUCUUAUCGUUCAUCACAAAAAGAUAUAGAAGUGUCCAAGGGGUCUGUGUCAAAACUGAUCUUAAGCAAACAGGACUCCAAGUCCUCCUCAAGUUCCUCAUCCUCCAGCAGCAGCAGUGGCAGUAGCAAAUCCAGCACAGAAAAGUGCAAGAAAGAGGGAGAAAAGAGACCCUCUGAGAAGCUCAGAGUUGACUUGGGGGAGGUUGACCCACCAAAAAAACCUCGUUUGGAGAAACAGGAGAAUCGUUCUUCACCAAUUACCGUUCAAACAAGCAAAGACCUCCUGUCAAACCUAAAUGACUAUGAUGAGACCAAUGCUGAUGAUUUUGCCAUGGAAAUGGGCCUGGCCUGUGUGGUUUGCAGACAAAUGACAGUGACUAUGGGAAACCAGUUGGUUGAGUGCCAGGAGUGCCAUAAUCUGUACCAUCAGGACUGCCACAAGCCCCAGGUGACAGACAAAGACGUUAAUGACCCACGGCUUGUGUGGUAUUGUGCCCGAUGCACUAGGCAAAUGAAACGCAUGGCCCAGAAACCUCCACAGAAGCCAUCCCCUGCAUCUGCAUCAUCAGUCCCUGUUGUGAAAGACACACUGGUGAAAAAGACAGAACUUAAAUCCAAACCUGACACAGCCAGCACCUUCCAAGCCUUCAAAAGAACAGAGGUGAAGGCAUCCACAACAUCAGCCAACCCCACCAACAGCAGCUCCUCCUCCUCAGGCAGUGGUCUUACAGGCUGGGCUGCAUUUGGAGCCAAGACGAGCCCUUCUCUUCCUGCCAGUUCAAAAAUGGGUUCCUCGGGACCAAGUGGGAACAACAAGACCUUAACAACUUCCUCUGGCCAGAAACCUGUUGGGCUCUCUGGGCUAGCUGGAACCAAGUCAGGACUAGGGGGUGCAAAGUUACCCGGGGGAGGAAAUGGAAACGGCUCCAGCCAGGUACCUCUGAAACCUCCUCCACCCCUGACUCUCGGUAAGCAGCCACUGAACCGUUCAUCGAGUGGUGAAAACCAAGGAAAAGGCUCUGCAUCAUCAGGGGCCAGCUCCCCCAGCAGCUCCCAGGCAAUUGCAGGAGGGAACGGAGGCAGUAACGGAGGGAGUAACGGGAACAAUGGGAAUGGGUCAAAGGUUGUACUGGGAGACAAAGCACCAACAUCUCAAGAGUCUCAACUUAACGCCAUGAAACGGUUACAGCUGGUGAAGAAGAAAGCAGCACAGAAGAAAAUGAAGAAAUGAGUAGAAAUAGAAACAAAGAGCAGAAGAAGCUCUGAGGGAGUAGAAAAUAAGUACUUAGACGGUGUGAAAUUAGUGCCAUAACACAGUUUGUAUUACAUGAGAGCAUCUGUACGUGGAGUAACACCAUCUCAUCGAAUACUUGAAUCUUACUUUGUAUAAAUGCUGCUGGACUCUGUUGUGUGCCUGGUUCUGUCCUAACAAUUCUAACUAUUGAAAAAGUGACUGUCACUUUUUAUCAACGACCGUUAUUAAAUCUCCUCUUUCUAAAAACUGACAGUA